GGGAUCGUGGAUACACUCUCUGAACGAGCACGGCAACUGUGACUGUAACAAGACUUAGAGUGCCAGUGUUCACCGAGCUGAGCAGAGGACUGGUCCCCCCUCUGAGCGACAGGCUGCCCAUCGUCACGCCAUUAAGUUGGCAUCGAGCAGUGAGCCGCCCUGGACGGAUGACGUUUCCUGAACAUUGCCACACCUUGUACCACCCACCAACAACAUGUACGCUGAAUUGGCUUGUCUUGGUAUUUCAGAGUGCUCCUGAAAGCAGCAGGAGGCAAGAGGUGGAGAGAGAUAGCCGCUGAACAACAGGGAGUGAGAAGGAGGGGGGGCAUAGCAGGACUCAGCUAGCGCCAGCACCGUCAGCCUGUUUACCACCAAACUAACCGCUGUUUUUCGACGUUGGCGCUGCAGCUAAAAGCAAGUUUAAUCAUUCCUUUCCUUUAGCUGAAAUAUGACCUCAUCAGCAUUUCGUCGAGUGUGUCUUAAACGACAGAAAUGCGUGCCGGUAGCUAGCUAGGUUUACGAGAAGACAAAAAGGGCAUCUCUGUGUCUUUGACGGAGCAGCCCGAUCCUAAUCUUCGGAUGAGAGUUUCAGUGUGACCGUUUGUGAAGCAGCACGGUAAAAGAAACCUGCGGCUCGACCGCGCAGCCGCUCCGAGCUUCAGUGACACCGGAGGACGGGGAAACACCCAAGUGUCAAGAUGAAAUUCACAGAGCAUCUCUCCGCUCACAUCACCCCUGAGUGGAGAAAACAGUACAUCCAGUAUGAGGCUUUCAAAGAGAUGCUGUAUGCUGCUCAGGACCAGGCCCCAUCUAUUGAAGUGACAGACGAGGACACAGUUAAGAGGUACUAUGCCAAGUUUGAGGAGAAAUUCUUCCAGACAUGUGAAAAAGAAUUGGCCAAGAUCAACACCUUCUACUCUGAAAAGCUGGCUGAGGCUCAGCGGCGAUUCGCUACACUGCAGAACGAGCUGCAGUCCUCUUUGGAUGCACAGAGGGAGAGCUGGGCUAAUGGGCGGGGCCUUAGGAGGAGAAAGACGGUGUUUGCUCUGUCGCAGCAGGAACGUUGCAAACACAGAAACAUAAAGGACCUGCAGCUGGCCUUCUCGGAGUUCUACCUCAGCCUCAUUCUGCUGCAGAACUAUCAGAACCUGAACUUCACAGGUUUCAGGAAGAUCUUGAAGAAACAUGAUAAGAUCUUGGAGACGUCAAGGGGUGCUGACUGGAGGGUGGCUCAUGUUGAAGUGGCUCCAUUUUACACAUGCAAGAAAAUCACACAGCUCAUCUCUGAGACUGAGGCAUUGGUCACAACUGAGUUGGAAGGUGGUGACAGGCAGAGAGCCAUGAAGAGGCUGAGGGUACCUCCCCUGGGAGCUGCACAGCCUGCUCCUGCUUGGACAACCUUCAGAGUCGGCCUUUACUGUGGAGUGUUCCUUGUCUUAAUAGUCACUGUGGUCAUUACAGGAGCUGUGAUGAUCCGUAGUGAGGAUGUCUGGCCUAUGGUCAGGAUCUACAGAGGAGGCUUCCUUUUAAUAGAAUUCCUCUUCCUGUUAGGCAUCAACACUUACGGCUGGAGACAGGCAGGAGUGAACCAUGUCCUCAUAUUUGAACUCAACCCCAGAAACAACCUGUCCCACCAACAUCUGUUUGAGAUUGCAGGUCUGUUGGGGGUGUUGUGGUGCGUCAGCCUGCUGUCCUGUCUCUUCAGUGAUAGCAUCUUGGUGCCAAUGCAAGCUAACCCGCUGGCUCUUUACGGCCUCUUCUUCCUCUUCCUCAUCAACCCUCUAAAGACCUGCUACUACAAGUCACGCUUCUGGCUGCUCAAACUCUUGUUUCGAGUGGUGACAGCUCCGUUUCAUCGUGUUGGCUUUGCAGACUUCUGGCUGGCUGACCAGUUGAACUCUCUGGGGGUGGUUCUGAUGGAUCUGGAGUACAUGAUCUGUUUCUACAGUUUUGAACUGGACUGGAAAAAACAUGAUGGACUCAUCAGCAGCUCAAGUAAAGAUGUGUGUAACACCUACUCCUAUGGUGUCCGGGCGGUGAUCCAGUGUCUUCCUGCUUGGUUUCGAUUUGUCCAGUGUCUGCGACGUUACCGUGACACCAAACGGGCCUUCCCUCACCUGGUUAAUGCUGGGAAAUACUCCACUUCCUUUUUUGUUGUCACCUUUGCCGCCCUAUACAACACCCAUAAAGCUGAAAACCAUGCUGACACCCAGAUCUUCCUCUACUUGUAUAUCAGCUGCUUAGUGGUCAGCUCAUGUUACACACUGGUCUGGGAUCUGAAGAUGGACUGGGGCCUGUUCGACCGCAAUGCAGGGGAGAAUACCUUUCUGAGAGAGGAGAUAGUCUACCCACAUAAGGCUUAUUAUUACAGUGCCAUAGUGGAGGAUGUGCUGUUGCGUUUUUCAUGGACGUUAACUGUCACCCUCAACACAGUCUCAGGGCUUAAGGGCAUCGCUGACAUACUGGCCACUAUACUGGCCCCAAUGGAGGUCUUUAGACGUUUUGUGUGGAACUUCUUCCGACUGGAGAACGAGCACCUGAAUAACUGUGGUGAGUUCAGGGCCGUCAGAGACAUUAGCGUUGCUCCACUGAACGCUGAUGACCAGACCCUGCUAGAGCAAAUGAUGGACCAGGAGGAUGGAGUCAGGAACCGACAGGGCAAGAAGAGCUGGAAGAGGAGCUACAGCAUGAGUCUACGCAGGCCCCGACUGGCCUCACAGUCCAAGACCCGUGACACCAAAGUUCUCAUAGAGGACACUGAUGAUGACUCCUGACAUCAGGCCACGCCCCUCGCCUGGGUCCAGAAUUUAUUCAAAGGAGGGAACUCCACCUCCUAACCGAGGAAUUACCCAGCGAGUCGGGCGUUGAACUCUCAACCAAGGACGAGUUUGAAACUGUCAUGUCUACAGUACAUAAUCCUGUCCAAUGCAUGUGCCUCUGCUCGGGUUCAGAACUAUUUGAGGGGGGGAACUGUGACCUCUUGAACAAACAACCCAGCAACAUGGCCAUGGAACUCCUGCUCCUACCUUCAACGAUAACCAGGGGGAGGGGCUAAUCACAUAAACUCUACCUUACCCAAGCAGUGGGUGAAUAACUUCCCUGACAUCCACAGCCACCAACAGGUGAACUCUUGAACUGCACCCACACCUCAGCCAUUGCUUGGGCUCUCCUCAAAGCCUCAGCCUAGCAUGAACAACGCAGCUAAAUGGACCGCAAGCUGAUCACCCUCAUAGGAAUUUCCCCUGCUCCCUCUCUGUGCUGCACAGCUCCUGCACAUGGAGAGGCCGACAGCUUCAACCUGUUGCUGUAGCAGACCAAAAGUUUUCUCCCCACCCUUGGCUAUUAGUCUCCACCGAUAGUCCCUCCAUCCAGGUAAGGCUUAGUAAAAAGGCCAUUUUAAAGUUCAACAGAUCUCAAGUCAGUUUAUCAUUUUGACCUCAAGUCAUUUGAACCUUGAGUCAAUAAGAUGAAUUUCCAAAUAAGAGAAUGAAGAGGGUUGAAAAGUGUCCUCCUUUAGGCACCUUUGGCCUUGUGACCUUCUCUCCGACGCUCGGCUUUCCCACCAGCCAACAGACUAUGCUGACGAACAAUUAAUAAUACCAAGCGGUCACAGGCUUGACUCCCUUACUCUUCAGCUUGCCCCUUCAAAUCAUCACAGAGCUGCCUACCUGCACCUUACACGCUUUGGAAUGACACACACACAGACACACACACAAAGAAACGCGCACUUUGUAGGAAUAGUGAAUUGCAGUAGGAUGCCUGUUGUGUGUUCUCAUACACACAAACAGUGAUUUUGAAAAUGUUAUUGUUCCUGGAUGUGCAACACUUGACCGUCGAUCUUUUGAGACCCUGGCAAGAAAACACACACACACAUAGACUAGCAAUUAUUUGUAACCGUGGUUGUAAAUAAGAGACGGACCAAAGUUGGAGGUUGUAUGAAAGUAUUCCGAAAAUCAAUUACUUAGGAAGAAAAAAAAAAAAGAAAAAGUGCAGCGUUCAGACUGUGUGGAGCAGCAGCUGGAACGACUGUUCAGUUGUGGAGCUGAGAAGGAAAUUUGACUUUUAUUUCCAGAAAAAGGUGAAGAUCAUCUGAAUCAUUCUGCGAUAACUCCUGGUCACUCUGUGUGGGAAACAUCUCCAUCUGGACAUGGUUCUGCUGAAUGUAUGCUAUCUUAUUUAUGUAUGUAUGACUGGGAGAGAGUGUUUAAGAUGAGUCCUAAGACAUUUUUAUUUUGUACCCUGAAGUCUCGAGUGGCAAAACGAAGACUCAUGAUUUAAUGUCAGAUUCAUCUGUUUUCCUAGUUUUGAAACGUGAUAUUAAUGAAAGUGGAGGGGGGGAAUCACCUGUCUGUCACAUGCUGGUCACAGUCAAAAUGAUGGUGUAGUUGAACUUGAUUCUGAAUGAAGUGCUGGUUUGGUUUUGAAGGAUCCAUGCAGGAGUCAAAAUCAUUUUUAUUUACAUAUUCACAUUCCAUUGCCUCAGUGGGCUUUAAUUAAUGUGAUGCUGUGUACAGUCAUGAGAUUCAUGCUGAUGUAACUCAGCCCUGUUUCUCCGAACACAAAAUUAAUUUUAUUAUAUUUAUAUUUUCAGUAUAUAGUUGUACUUCUCAACAACAUUUCUGAGUCUACCAUACAUUCUCAGAUAGUGGUUUAGGCUGUUAACUCCUCACUGUAAGAGAAAAUGUGUUCUUCUAAUUUCUCCAAAGGUCAUGCAACCUCAAAACGUCCUCUAUGUUUCCCCUUCGUGUGGAUAAAUUCAGUGUAAUGUACAUUUCCACAGUUUUAAUUCUGAUGGUCUUGUCACACUCACCACCACCAUCAUGUUUCCUGUUCUCUUUAAUGUCUCUAACAAAAAUUCUGCUUUCAUUCAUUUGUUAAUUUCAGUUGUCUCAUUUUAAGUUUCCCACUCUUCCGUCAACAAAGCUCAACAUGUGCAGUAGAAUUCUUCAACGCGUGUGUGUGUGUGUGUGUGUGUGUGUGUGAUUUUGAUACUUUUGAACUAUUUUCAGAGACAUGAUGUCAUUGUGGCCACUGUGCGCUGGUGUCAGUCUGUGGUACCAAGUGAAACCAUCUGCUAUUGUUUGGUGAACAGGCAGUUGUGAUCACACUGGAGAAAAUGGUUUUCUAAAUAUUUCUAAUAGAGAGGGGAAAGUCAUUUGUAACCUUUUUACACAUCCCCAAAUCAGCUGAUACACCUCAGUGUGUAUUGCUAGUUGGUCCAACACCAGCUCAUGUUGUGAUCAUAAAUGAGCUGUGAGAGUGCUGUUUAGGUUUUAUUUGCCUUUUUUACUGAUCGGUUUUACUAACCAGCCAUUAAAAACAAACUCUUACACUUUCAUGGUAAUGAGGUUUUGAUAGCUGGUGUAUGCUGUUUGGAGUGAAGGACAGUGACUGACUCAUGGAGUCCUGACUGAAGUCAGUCACCAGGGAGCAACACAUCUCUCAAUGAUUCUGUGCACUUUAAUGCCUAACUUGAUUGAGUUUAAGUUUUCAUCAUGUCCUAUUGGUGGUUUGCUAAAAUACAGCAGAUCAACUAUUUGAGGGCUGAGAUGUGUUUCGGAGCCCGUUUCAUUUGGACUUCCAACAUGAGAACAUUCAGCUGUCAGUGAGCAACGUAUGUAGCAGGGGUAGCAGAGAUAUUGUCAGUUUGCGUUCAGCUUCCGAUUGACAGGAUGUCUUCCACCACCUGCAUCUCCACUGGUUUGACGGGAAAAAUCACAUUCUAUGAUUGUUACUUACUGUUCCUCAGGUGUGCCAGUGGAUUAUACAGCGUUACACAAAACUGAAAGCAAGAUCAUCUGUGCUGGUUGCAGAUGUCGACAAAGAUUCAGACGCAGCAGUGAAUGAGUUUGAUGUUUUUGUUCUACCAUGUUUUUUGUUACUCAAAUGCUUUUUGCACCUUGGUAUCUUGAUAAUCUGCUCUGCCGCUUUGGAAAGCCUCCUCUGUACCAAAUAGUUGUAAGCAGCUAUGCCCUCACCCUGAACAGCAUGUGUGACCUUGUUCAAACCAGCAGCUCUCAGGCCUGCUUACACCAGUAUUUAAAGCCAUGUAUCUGUUAUCACUGCGUUGGUGAUGUUCCUGGAUCAGAAUUACUGUUGCUCCAGCACUGUCAUUUCUACAUAUUAAAACACAGACAAUAUCCACAUCUGGUCCAAUCCAUGUUGGCUGAAUUAGUUGAGUGCAGUACUUGUAUCCCAUUUGGAAUUUAUUGUUUUACAGAUCAGUCAUUAUUUUUACACCAAUUUUUCUUCUUAUCUUUCACUUUCCUGUUGCUGUUUGUCCAGGACAGACUGAAAUAAGCCUGAUUCGAAAAUGCGAUCUUAAAAAAAACAUUGUCCAUUUAACAGGACACAUAGUUUUCUGCCAAAGUCUUAGGUUUUGAAAAAUUAGUAUUAAAAAAAUAAAAGUUAAAACUUGGGUCAGUAAUAGGUCUCAUCCCAGAUCCAGCAGAGCUCACUAUUCCACUCACACUCUGUAGAAACAGGAUUCUCUUCUUGUUCAUGUGUACAUCUAAUCAGAGACCAGCUUUCUACCAGGCGUCUAAACUAAGAUGUUUCCCUUCUUCUUUCUGUCUUCUGUCACUUCCUCGCAGCAGACACAAUCAUUCCAUCCAAAGAGAACAGUUCAGUUGUCUGAUUUUAAAUGCAGUGCAUUUGGUAGGACUUUCAUUUUGUAAUUCCUCAGGUUUCCAUGCUGAGAUGCAUGUUACUUAAUGUUACAUAAGACUUUAAUUUAGAUUCUCAUGAAGCCAUUCCUGUUGUGAAACCAGCACAUUCCACAGUGACAAGAGAGGGGGAGGUAAGAUGUGAUAUCACUUGAUCUCAGGAUAUCUUGAGCACAUUUGCACCUUAGUCUGCUGAUUCACAAGCAAUGCAGAAGCUUCCUGACUUCCUGUCUCCUGCCCAUUGUCACAUGGGACAAUUGUUGCAAAGGAACCUCUACAAAGUCAAACCAUUCCAGUUAUUUUUCAUUUUGAUCUUAUCGAUCUGUAAAAUGCCAAAUAGGAUGAUGUCCCCAAAACGUUGUGCUCCUCCAGCAUCACAGCUAAGCCUCAUUGUGUUGCAUGCUUAAUUUGUUCUCAUUGUGAACUCAGUGUUUUAACAUUUCAGCUGCAGGCAGGCUGACUGGGCUGGGAAGUAGUAAAUAGUGUCUUUCUUUUCCUGCAUUCCAGAUAGACUGAGACUCCCUCCGCACAUGAAACUCACCAUACUGCUUUCAUGUGACAAUGUUUGACACUGUGACAGACAGGUGAAUCCCCCAGAAGUCAAUCAAAUGAAAUGUUUCUUUAGUGAGCAGGCCUGGGUAUUGAUCUUCAGCACCGUUUGGUACCACCACAAAUGUAUUCUUAGUAAUGUCUAUCGAGGCUUGGGAUCAGAUAUCUGCUCAGAUUUGUGAUCUUGUUCCUCACGUGUCCGAUUUAACUUCUUUGUCAAAUGAAAACAGAGCCAUGUUUCUAUUUCCCCACUUAGGGUACAAAAACUCUGGUGUUGUAUGUGGACCAUCAGAAAACAUUUUGAAUGAUACCCGGCCCAGUCAACAGUGGAGGCCAAUAUUUAUUUGUGUUCUUUAUUUUUUCUCCAAAACCUGAAUCUAUUUUUUUUUGUCUGAGGAAAAAGUCAGACGUCAGAGACAUGUUUCAGAGCGGCGCUGAUCAUCUUGUGUAGGUGGGAUAUGAUAAACCAAACAAGUUCUAUUAGAAUCUGUGGGGUUGUUUCAGCUGUUCACACUGCAGCAGCUGCUUUUCAUCAAAUAUCAUCAUCAUCAUCAUCAGUUGCUUCACAACAGAGCUACUCAGUGGGCCUCAUGUUGAUCGUCUUUGUUGUCUCAUCCUAAACCUCUCUGUUUUUUUCUGUUUUACAAAUCUGAGAGGAGGAGCAGCUGAUGUUUGAGUAACCUGCAUAUAAUCCCUGAUGCUGCUGUGCUGAAAUAUGACAAUAAACUCAAAAACAUAUUCUUAAAAAUAUGUUUUAAAUAUAUAUUUAAUUUUAGAUGAUGUCUUAUUCAAACCCACAUUCAUCCAGGUUGAGGCAUUAUGACUUGUAAAGCCACAACAUGUCACCUCCUGGAGACAGGUAGUUAAUAUUUGAGUCUUUCCUUGGAUCGUUGGGUCUGAGCUCAACACGAAGCCUCAGUAUUUGAGACUCAACUACUAACUGUCUCUCUAAAGGAAGUGACCUUAGUCUGAUGAGUGUUACGCUCAUCUGUGGAGAGGGCCAGACUGUCUGUGUUGAACUGUCCAAACUUUGGUUGGUACCUUCAAGAAAAUUUUCUUCAGUCUCACUCAGAACUGUCUGUUCAUACAAGCAUUCCUGCAUGAGGCCCGAUGCGUCUUCAGAUGUCCAAAUGAGGCCAUUAGACAGAUAUGAAAGAUGCGUAGUUCUGUAGUGAAGCAUUUGUCAACAUUUUAAUCAAAAUCCAGUGGCGUGAUUGGAUGGAAAGUCCAAAAGAGACAGUUUGAAGAAUCUGAGCACCCUGAUGUGUACCCACCAAUAGGAAAACAUGGUUGUUGCUGAAGCUUGAGCUCUGUUUCCCAUGGCAACACUGUCGAUUCUAUAGGUGCAUGACAUCCCAGUUGAUGGUGUGGUUGCCAUCUUCUCCAGUUCUCAUUCUCAAGUGAAGGCUCAUGAAGUUUAAAAACCUGAAGCUUGAAAUGAUUUGGUGUUGGUGACCCAGCCCUGUCUGACACCUGCUGGCCUUCAGUUCUGUUGUGUACACACCAGUCUUCAUUUUCCAGUGCUCACCGAACGUCUGGGCCUGCAGGGUGAAGCCUGCAGUGUGGAGCCUUUCAAGGGACGACAAUCUUUAAGACAUACAGUACAUUCACGCUGUUAACCUGCUUUUAUCAUCUUUUUUGUGUUGCUUUUUAAACAAGGAAUUGGCUCUAAUCAACUCAGCUGAGACACAUUAUGCUCACUGGCUCAAACCGUUCAGUGUGGAACAGAGCAGGUUGUAAGAAACAACAACUCCGCUUGGAUCAAACUCUCUGACAUCCAGAUGUUAAAGCUGAGUGUGAAGUGGAAUAAAAAGAACCACAACAUGUGACAGACACUUUGUGGUCAAUCUCCAUGACCCCACCACGCUGUAACCCAGAGCUGUUGAUUAUACAAUACAUUAUAUAUUGAUGAACAUAUUGAUUAGAAGCAUUGUAUAAUCAGUGACUGUACUGUGGGUGUUGUCUUGUAUGUACAGUAGCAGUGUGAUGCUACAGAGGUGCCUGGUCCACCAACCCUGUUAAUGUUUUUUCAGUAAAACCAGCUCAUGCUCCACA